AUGAAAACGAAUACUAAACUAAUAACAAGUUUAAUAAAACGAAUUGAAAUUCGAUUGCCCAUUAAUAACUCGGGUAAAUCAAUUGAAGUUUUAGAGCAAGAUCCAAUAGCUCAGCAAACAGUUGCCACGAUCAUUGAAUUAUCUAUUCAUAAAUUGCCUAUUAUUAUUAAGCAGCUUGCUCUUGUUUUGGAGCCAAUAUCCAAGAAUAUUCAACCUACUACCACUCAAACACUUAAUGAUCCUUAUAUUCCUCCUGAUAUACUUCAAUCUCAAUUAUAUAUUCUUCGACUUUUAUCAGCAUGUUUUAAGCAUUAUUGGUCUUGGUAUCGAAAGCAAUCAAUACGAAUAUCACAUGAAACGAAUAUUACCGAAGAAGCCGCUGCUGCUGCCGCUGCCACAGGUACAUAUACCGAAACUACGAAUAGCAGUAAUGGAGCCAGUGAUAAUUCUUCUGCUUCCACUUCCACUACCACCACUACAUCAAUUCCAACUAAGUUAUCUAUACCACAAAUAACUACUUUAAAGAAAGGGAGUUCGAUCCAUAUCGAUCCUCCACCACUUGAUGAAGCAUUAGCUACAUUUUUAUUAUCACUUUUGAUUCGGUUCUUGAACCAAAUGCAUGUCCUUGAAGAGCGAAAUGAUCAGAUCCUAAAUAUACUAUCAUCCUCUGAACAGGCAAAUGAAGGUUUAAUUCAUCAUAAUACUUCAAAGUUGGACCACCAAAUGAUAGAACAUAUACGUAAGAUAUAUUCGGUAUCAGGAAAAAUUUUAUAUUAUAUUAGUGCAAGUAAUUGGAAUUCUUAUUAUGCAAGGGUAAAAAAUGCUGUUAAUGUCCUUGCAAGUAUCAAUGAAAAUUCCGAACUGAUUCCACCUGAUGUGAGAAUAUUAGCUUUUGCAUGUUUGAACAUGUCAAAAUUACAAAUGAUUUUAUCAGAUUUCAAGACAUGUUUUCUGAAUAUGAAGAUUCAGGGCAAAUUGUUAUUUGCAAAAAUGAUAAGAAUAGCGAUUUGGAAAUGGAUAGAAAUGAAACCUUAUCAAUUUAUAGAAAUAUAUACGAAUAUUAGUAGUAAAACAUUAGUCGGUUCAGAGGUUUUAUUCGAUAUAUGUAGCAUGGCUGCGGAUAGCACUUACAAAAAAUCUAUAUUAUGGCCAUUGCAAACCAUUUUAUUGAUUUUAACUCCCAAUUUUCUAGUUCAGGCUUUUUUAGAUGAUCGAGGUUUACAAAAUAAAAGAACUGCAUUUCCUCGUCAGUUAAGAAAAGCACUUCAGUCUACACGGACACAGGAAAUUGCUAUCACUUGUUAUGUAGAUAUUUGUAAAGCAGCAACCUAUAUCUCUCCAAAAGAUGAUUCUGUAUUACGGCAUGUUGUAGAGGAUGUAGAGCAUGCGCUAAGAGAAAAAGUAUGGGAUUACCUACGAUUGUCUUCAUCAAACACUUUACCUUCAAGUUUGGACUAUAUCUCUAAUAAUUAUACUUUAAUAUCAGACUAUUUUCUUGCAUCAUUACAACUUGACCCAAAAAAGGCGCUGAAUAACUUAAUUCCAACUUUAUUUUCGGCAUCGUCACCAUUGGAAGAAAAUGGUACUAGUUCUGAUACAGCCAUUUCAGUGGUCUUCAAAUUAGCUUUUGUCACUGCUUGCUUAAGUAUUGUAGUGGAUGAGCACCCGUUACCAUGGAAUCCUACAAUCAGCUCAAUGUAUAGCUCUAUUUGUACACCUCUAAGACGUAUCUUUAUUGAAACUAUUAAAAAGGAAAUUAAUACAAUAAGAAAUUUAACUCUUUCUCGAUCUGAGAGUAUAUCUACCACUACAACCACUUCUGGAUCUAAUAAGAAAUUAAAUAAUAUCAAUAAUAACGCUAAUGUCAGUAAUGGAGAAAAGAAAAUUCAACAACAACAACUAACAGCACUAUUAAAAAACUUGCUCAAAUUAUUCAGAUUAGAUCCUUUAUGUGCUUUGAUGAGUGGAGCUGAGGAUUAUGAACGUGUUUAUGGUAAUGCUGCUGUUAUGGCCUCAAUGAUUCAACUCAUGAAACAUAACGACAGACGAAUUAGACGAAAUGCUAUUGAUUGUCUUAUCCAAUUACAUGAUCCAUCUUAUAUUAAACAUUGGGGACCUUCUUCAACAUUGAUUAACAAUUUUUGGAAAAUAUCAUCCCAAACUGUACUUUGUGUUACUCGUCAAAUUCUAGAUAAUCGGCAAAAUGAAGAAUUAUUAAAGUCAUAUCUUGAUCUUUUGACAAAAAUAUUAAUUUCACGGAAUGAAUUUUUAGACACCAUGAUGGAUACUGUAAUUGAAACAGCAGACGCUUGUGAACGUUUACAGACUAGCAUAGCACUUGAAACUGCUUUGCUAGUAUCACUAUGUUCUUCUAUACCCGAUAUUUGCUCAAAGGCAAUAAAAUGCUUGAGCUAUUUGUGUAAAGAAGCAAAGCUAAUAGAUGAAGAUAGUCUCAUUUUUACAUCUUCCCGUAGUAGCCAAAGUUUAAUAUCAGGAGUUAAUACUAACAUUAUAAAAAUUUAUGAAGAUCUUUCGUAUGAAGAACCUUUCCCUAACCACAGUUUUCGUAAACAACUACCAUUUGUAGGUAGGAAAGCUCAGCAGAAACGUGUGCGAAAAUAUUUAAGAAUGAUCAUGACUCCUACCUCAGGCGUUCUUGCUGCUUGGGAAGAGAUUUGGAAAAGAUGGAAGGCCCUAACUCAGAUUGUUAGUCGAUUUGGUAUGAAUACUUCUUCCUUACGCGGUUUGAAUGACAUUGUAGUUAAUUCGACUAUAUCAUUAUCUUCUUCUGCUUCAUCUGUAAAGAAAAUUGGUGGUUUAGUUCGUCAUGAGAGGCCAAGAACAUCUUCAGUACGUUCUGCAGCCCCUAUUCCAGUAGGCUGGAUCAAAACAGAUGAUGAAAAGCAAACAGAAUGGCAGAAUUAUACAGGAUUUUUAGCUGCCUUAGGGGGGAGUCGUUUAGCUGCUGACAUAGCGGCUGCUGAAAGCGAUUCAAUAGAUGAUACAAAGUGGUCCAAAAAUAAUAAUGAUGUUAAUAACAAUAACCUGACAACUGCAAAUCGAAUGAUAUCUUCUAGCUCAUCUCCUAAACUUAUGGUUGAAAAAUUUAUAGAAGAAAUGAUUUAUUUAUUGACUUCUGAAAAUGUCAUCAUUCGAGAAAGUGUAAAGGAUACAUUGGGCGGAGAUUUAUCUCCUUCACUUUAUGGUAUUCUCUUUCGUCAUUUAGAGGCUACCAUGAAUGAUUGCUUUGCAUCGAAUGGAGAUGUUAUUUUCGACAAUACAAACACACUAUUUAUCGAACAAACAGUUUUAGUCUUGAAGAUGAUAUUAGAUAGGUUAACAGAUCCAAAUGAUUGUUUGCUCAAUAUUGAUUUUAGCACAUUAAUAAUUCAGUUAGCAAACUAUAUCAAUCAUUUACCACAAGGAAAAUACACAACAAUGAGGAUCAUGAUUAUGAUGUGCCAUCUUACUGAAGUCUUAAUGUUGAAGAAGGAGCAGGUCAUCUUACGUGAUGAUGUUCGAGUUAGAAAUAAAUUAUUAGAGACUAUUAUUGAAUGGACUAGUGAUUUUAAUUUGCAAGUUAUGAGCAAAAAUUCUAUUAUUUCUAAUAAUUCUCAAAAUAAAGAGAUACAAAGAGAUCUGGAUCAUGUUUGCUUACAGGCUAUCGUAGCCAUUCUACACAAAUUACCUCUUCAAUCAACAGAUCAACCCAGAGAUACAGAUCGAAGCAUGAAUAAGAACAGAUUAUUCCAAAAAUAUUUUGUAUAUUUUACUCAACUUUUGGAUAUAUGUCAUCAAUACGAGGCAGAAGUAAAUAUAACUACACAGUCUGAUUCAAUCUAUAAUACUAAUAAUGCUUCAAUAAAAUCCUCAGACACUUAUCAAUAUUGGGGGCCAUUAAAGGAAUCUGUUGUUAAUGCUAUAUCCAAUAUUUUAAGCGCCAAUGUUGACUCAGGACUAAAAUUAACUUUAGCAAUGGGUUAUCAUGAAGAUACACGUACAAGAGCAGCUUUUAUGCAAGUUUUGUCCAAUAUUUUAAAUCAAGGAGCGCAAUUUGAAACAUUAGCAGAAAAUAUUAUCACUAACCGUUAUGAAAAGUUAGUUGAGAUACUUGUUGAAUCUAAUAUUGAUGUCGCAUUAUCACUUUGUGAUGUUUGCCCUUCAUCUAAUGCAGAUGGUAUAGCUCAGGUGUUAUUAAACUGCUUUGAAUCACGUAGUAAAGUGCUUGUAUUAUUAAAGGCUAUUAUUACUAGAGAAGUACUUGCAACACAACAAGAAUCAACGUUAUUCAGGGCUACAAAUAUGGCAACUAAAAUCCUAUCUAUAUUCGCUCGUGACACCUGUGUUGAUUAUAUUCGAUUCACUCUUCAACCAGCUAUGGAACGUAUUAAUGCAUUACCUGAAGAAAAUCUUACAUGGGAAAUGGAUCCUCAAAAAAUUGGACCCAAUGAAAGUAUUUUAACUAAUAAGCAGAAUGUAUGUCGUGCCACCGAAAUUUUCUUAAAUGCCAUAUGCAAUUCAGCAGCAAAUGCACCAAAAUUAUUCCGCCAAGAGCUAGCCUUAAUGGUUGAUGCUGUCAAUAAACGAUUUCCAGAUGCAUCCAAAGCAGCGGUUGGUGGAUUUGUGUUUUUGAGACUCUUCAAUCCUGCAAUAUUAACACCAGAGAAUUCAGGAUUUGCAAAGACAGCUCUACCAAAGUCGAUCAUGGUACGAAAGUUACUUCUCCAAUCCACACGCAUGAUGCAAAAUUUGGCAAAUAAUACCAUGUUUGGUGCCAGGGAUACUCAUUUGAUAUCAUUAAACGAUUUUAUCACAAGCAACUUGUAUCGAGUAGCUACUUUUUUACGUGAGAUCUCAGCUGUGCCAGAUACAAAUAAAUUUGAAUCCAGAGGUGUGCGGAUGGAUACAAUAGCGUAUAUGAAGCUGCAUCGUUAUCUAUCAGAUAAUCUUGAUAAAAUGUCAAGGGAUCUUUCCUUUCGUCGUGCUAAGACGGGUACAGAUACUCAAAAAUUACUUGAAUGGAAACGAAUUAUGGAUCAAUUUUCAAAUUUACUUGCUCAACUUGGACCCCCAUCUGAAAUCGCACAAAAUGAAUUUUCAGCCAUACGAAAUUUUACUGUCGUUAACAACAAUCAUUAUUAUAGUGAAUUUAUGCGAAGAAACAAGUAUCGUGAUUUAAGCGCGAUAAGUUCCUUGAAUGUCUUUUAUCAAGGUGGGGUUUCGAAAGGUGGUCGACCUGUGUUUUAUUUUAUCAGUCGGCAUGUGAUAGGAGAAAACUUUGACUUUGAAUUAUUGGUUUAUUAUAUGCUUAGAAUUAUGGAACCUUAUCUUAAUCAUCCUUUUGAAUUGCUUUUUGAUUUAUCGCGCUUCAGUGAAGAUAUUGAAAUCCCUGUCCACUGGAUGAAUCAAUUUUUUCAACUUGUAUUUAGUGAAAUGAACGACUAUUUAGUAAUGCUACAUCUAUUUAAUCCCAACUUUCAUAUGCAACAAUACGUUCGAAAACUCCCUAGAGUAUUGACUAACAAAUUAGUGAAAAGAACCCGUUUUGCAACUACUAUCAAUGAGCUACUGCAACAUAUUGCUUUGUCAGAAAUCAGAUUACCGAAGGAUACAUUUGAAAUAGAAAAGGAAAUGGGCAUGACAAUCACAACUGCUUUCCUUGUAACUAAUUAUAAAGUUACGAUACCUAUUAAAAUCAAAAUAGGAUCAGAAUAUUUUAUAGUUACAACGUUACGUGAGCAAGAAAUAUUUUGGAGCUUAAACACGGUUUUGAACAAUGUGUUUGGUAUGAUUGAUAUUGUUGACAUUUAUUUACCUCCUGUAUCAUCUACCAGCAAGUCUACAACUGGGGGAGAAAUUCAUAUUACUUUUAACACUAGAAAAACGACCAUGAUUUUUAUGGUUCCUAAUAGAGAGGAAGUUUACAAGUAUCUCUUGAACCGUAAAAAACAUUUUGAGACAAAUUUAUCCGAAACGAAUAAUGGUAUUCGUCCAACUGAUGUACCAGGUCGUAUUUUGAAUAUAGCAUUAUUAAACCUUGGAAGUGAGGAUUCUGCUCUUCGAUCUGCUUCUUAUAAUCUACUUUGCACAUUGUGCAUAUCAUUUAAAUUUGGAGUUGAACAUAAGCUAAUGAAUAUUAAAGAUUUAUGUGUCCCUUUUAAUAAUGUCGAUUUUAUUGUCAACAUAAGUGAAAAUCUAGCCACUAAUGGAGUUCAUCUAACGUUAGAAUUUUUAAACGAAUGUAUAAUAGGAUUCAAUAAAUCAAGUACGGAACCCUCUAGACAAAUCUUAACUUUGGAAUAUAUGGCACCUUGGCUCAAGAAUCUUACUUUUUUCACUCUUGUACCAUUCGGUCAAGAGCCUUCUAAAGUAAAAGAAGUACUUCAAUCACUCAUCCUCAUGACAACGGAAAAAUCAAGAGUUUAUCCGUAUGUACAACGAAAAAUUUGGAGAACUUUGAAAGAUAUAGAGGAACUUCAUAAUCUGAUAUUAGAUGCUCUAGUUCAAUAUUCUGUUGAAAAUGGAAUUGGGUCUCCUCAAGCUGAAGCGAUGGCUGAUACUAUUGUUACUAUGAAUAGUAAUGGCAUACGCGGGAAAGUGAUUCAUCGUAUCCGUCGUGCCCUCUCAAGUACUUCACAGAAUUGCCGACAGACAUUAAUUAGUCAUCAAGCAUGGACUGAAAUUGGAUGUCUGAUACGAUUCAUAUUAAUGCUAUCGUUUUACUCAGAGAGUAUUAAAAAGUCAUAUGAAGCAGAGGUCUUUCAUAUCAUAUCUCUUGUUGUUUCAACAGGCCCUACCUUUAUUCGUUCAUCCGUUCAUGAGCUGAAAAAGCUCAAAUAUAUUCUCGAUGAUGUAUGUGAUGGCAAAUAUCGUGUUCACUUUGGACUUAGCAAAUCAUAUGCCAAUGCAUUUACAAUAACAGAGGAAACAUUGACAGAUAAUGCAGAAAAUAUGAAUCUUUUAUCUUUAGAAAUCAUUGUUCGAUUACUGUUGGACGCCAUUAGUUUUGCAGCACCGGAUAUAAAUACUGCGAAUACAUGGCGUGCACGCUGGAUGAGUUUAGUAACUAGCAUGACAUUUCAAUUUAACCCUGCUCUUCAACCUCGCGCCUUUAUUGUUCUUGGUUGUUUAGCACAGGAUGAAAUAGAUGAUGAUCUUUUAUAUCAAAUUCUGAUUGUUUUACGUAAUGAGUUAACCAAAUUCGAUGAGAAGGCACCCAACUUGAUUAUCAGCAUAUUAAUGUGUCUAACAAAUAUCAUUGACAAUCUUCCAUCUAACUCUAGAUACCUUACAUCUAUGUUCUGGUUAGCUGUGACGAUGAUUCAAAUGAACCAUGUGCAUAUCUUUUCGCAUGCUGUGAAACUACUUGAUGCUGUACUUCGGGCCCUGGAUACUCAUGAAUACUUCAUUUCUCAUUCAAUCGAGGAGGUGUUGAUGAAGGCUCGAGAGCGAUUUAAAGAAGUAACUGAAAAGAUAGAUGAAGCCUCAGGUCUCUCCUUUAAGACACAGUUUUCAUUUGCUAUCGCUGGGGUCCUGUUAAAAGAUGUUCGUAAUUCAGAUGCUCGAGAGAUGAUCUUUACAUGUCUUACUACAUUUUUAGAGAUUGAAACUAAAACGAGUAUGCGAACAAACAUGAUUGAUGCCAAGUGUCUAGGUUAUCUGUGUGGGCUUUUACCUCUUGCUGCUAAAAAUGAUGCCCUUCAGGAAUUACUUUGUCUUGCUGGUCUAAAUGAUACUGAAGUAGACAAUAUAAAUGAAAUAAAUGAUAUUUAUUCAUUCAUAUGGCGAACGAUUGAUAUACCCAAUAAUACAACGGGCAUUCUUUUGGUUUCCUUUUUAGUUAGUAUGCUAAGUCUUAUGGAAAAUGAAGCAGAACGUUUAUUUUUAUAUGAACUUCUUUCAAAAGCUGCUACCUCAACACCUGAAGUAUUCGCUUUAAUGUAUGAAUCGCUUAUACCAAGAAUGAGUUCAAUAGUUGUAUCAAGUGAAAAUGUUGCUUUACUCAAUGCAGUUAAAAAAAUUCUUGUCACUGCGUGCUCUGAACCCGCUUUUAUUAACUCUGGUCAUAAUCAUCCACAAAUAUACCUCAAACAAAUUGGAUUUGGUUCUUUUGCAGAAAUUAAUUUAGGCUCAAUGAAUGCUUCUACUUCUCUUGAAAAUGUGUAUCCAGAUAUUGCUCAAAACGUAUUAAAGUCAAUAUCAGUACCUGUAUUAUCGAAAGAACUAAGAGAUAAAUAUGUUCGACCAGAUACAUUUCAUUUGUACAUUCCACCUGAUUAUAAAUAUGAAAGUGAUGAAGAUAGCAAAAGAGAAGAUGAACGAAGGAAAUUAGUAAAUAAAUAUAAAUAUAGAAGAAUCGAAAGAAUAACGAGAAAAACAAAGAAUGCUACAGGCCAAGUUAAAUAUACAGUUAUUUUUGAAGAUAGUCCGGAGGAAGUGACUAUGCCUUCUAAAGCAUUACAGGAUCACAGAGAUUGGGAUUUAGUAGAACAUUUUGAAUAUCAACAAGCAAUUAGACAGGCAAUAAGAGACGGAAUAUAA